AUGGUCUUAACUAACGCCGUCUACUUCAAAGGCUUUUGGAAAUACCCGUUCAACCCUCAAAGGACCCACAAGGACAACUUUUUCAUAAACCCGAAAGCGGCUCUCCAAGUGGAUAUGAUGUCGCAAACGGGAAUUUCAAAUAUGGUAAUUGGACUCGGAGAAGCUUCGCGCCCAGGUGCUGGAGAUGCCCUACAAGGGCGACGCCGUGUCCAUGGUGGUGCUCCUCCCGCGAAGUGGGAGAGCCAAGGAGGUGGACAGGCUGGUCCGACGCCUGAGGCCCAGGAGACUCGUGUCUCUGUGUUGAAGGCGAUGCCCUCCGUCCCGGUGAGAGUCAAGUUUCCCAAGAUCAUCGUGGAGAGUGCUCUCGAGGAUGAACUCAUUUCGACUUUAAAGAAUAUGGGAAUCCGUGACCUUUUCUCAUCCGCCGCCGAUCUGACCGACUUCACACAUGUUCGAGGAUUAAUGGUGAAUGGAGCGAUCCACAAGGCCCUUAUAGAGGUGGACGAAGAAGGCGCAGAGGCGGCAGCGGCGACGGUGCUCGUUAUGACUAAGUCUUCAAUGACUCCAAAGACGACGUUCACGUGCAACCGGCCCUUCGUUUUCUACAUUAAAGAUAACGAGGCGAACAACAUCCUGUUCAUGGGUGUUUAUAGGGAGACCGAAAUAAUCAAACCUGAAUCUCAUCAGCCCGACACCGCUGCUUACAUCAAUGCCUUCUUCAGCGCCGAAACGCGAGGAAAAAUACCAAACAUUAUACAACCCUCCUUUCUUGGAGGCGCUAAAAUGGUCUUAACUAACGCCGUCUACUUCAAAGGCAUUUGGAAAUACCCGUUCAAGUCUCAAAGUACCCACAAGGAGAAGUUUUUCUGGACUCGAAGAAGUUUCGCGCCCACGUGCUGGAGAUUUGAGAUGUCCUACAGGCGUCCAUGGUGGUGCUCCUCCCGCGAUGUGGAAGGGGAUCCAAGACGGUUGAAUGGCUGGUCCGACGCCUGA